CUGCAAUUUCCCCGUUUAUUUCCUCGUGUUUACAUGAAUAUUUUAAAUGACGCAGCAAGACCACACAGAGCAACGUGAUUGUCGCCAUUUUUUGUUGUUAUUGAAUUCUCCAAAGCCAUGUGACAAAAUGCUCAUGAUUUCAAAAACACGCUUCCGGAUGUACAGACAUAAACUAGCUGCACAAGGCUAAAAAAGGUUAAUCUUCCGAGUUGUUUGUCUGCUGGAUUAGCCUGGUUACUCCACUGACUGAAGACUGGGCGCAAUGUUUGACAGCCCCGACACGCCGCCGCCGCCGUAUGACUCGCAACAAGUAUUCACUCGAUCCCUCCCGUCCGCAAAUGUUGCGCGGAAUGAGAGCGACUCGUGCACUUUUCUGCGCCUGCCGCCCGCAAUGCAAACUAUAAGACAUGUGAGCAAUAAGAAAAUCUGGAAUAAAUGUUGUCAACAAGUGUUGGGGUCCAGACAUCAUGCACUUUUCCUGAUAAUUUGGCUUACAUGAAAUAGCCUGUUUCCAAAUUUUCUAAUAAAAAUAUUUUAUGUGGUAGGCUAUAACAUGCGUCUACCUCCACUGGAAACCAAAUAUAAGUGUUUUUAUGGACCCGCCUGACACUGACUGACUUUUCUGGCUUUUUAUAAAACAUGACACUGUUUCUAGAAAACCCACAGGCUGUAUCACAAGUCUCAGCAUGACUAUUAUUUGAUCUUCCACUUUUACAAUUUCAGGUCAAAACAACUUUAUAAUUAGGCUUCCCAAACAGUUUGCAAUAAGCCCAGAUAGAUAGAUAGGCAGAAAAAUCUCGUGAGAACGGCUUCCUGUGUCGCUGUUGUUGUAAAAUUAUGGAAAUCAUAGCCAUUGACCUAUGACAACAGACUACAGUUGUAUAUCACUUGUAUAAAAACUACAAGAACCAGUUUACCCCGCGAGAUUCGUGCUAAUCACUCGUCCGCUUUUUUUUCAGGCUAACGUGCGCAGAAAUAAGGGCGUUGUGGAGAUUCCGUCAUUCAUUCGGAGAGAAAAGUCUGUUUCUAAAGACGUAGACAAGCGCAAUGUUUCUCUGAGAAAGCUGAAAGAAAAAAAAAAAGAAAAGGGCCGAGUCAGGAUAUCAGUGCGCGCAGACAGUAGGCUCUGUGCAAAGAAUCACAGACUCCACAGAUAAGCUGAAAUUUACAUCGGCAACACUAGUUAUAAGCCUCGCACGCUUUGGACCAGUCUUGACUACUGAUGCCUGACUCUGAGUAAGAGUUUAAUUAAGUUUACGUCGGUCUCUCGCGCACAAACGGGAAAAACUAACAUUUGCGCAUCCCAGAGGCUUCACAGGAGCAGCUAAGAAGACAUGGCUAAGUUAUUCCGAGCUGCUAUCGUGGGUCCACCAGGCUCAGGGAAAGGAACGAUAUCCAAGAGGAUUGCGCAAAGCUUUGGCCUGCAGUAUCUAUCAGGUGGCCACUUUCUACGAGAGAGCUUAAAGGGAGAUACAGAGGCAGGCGUGCUGGUGAAGACCUACGUAGAAAGAAACAUGCUAGUGCCUGACCAUGUGAUGACCAGGCUGAUGCUACACAGACUGGAACAGCUGAACAGCUGCAGCUGGCUGCUGGAUGGUUUUCCCCAGACAUUGGCACAGGCCCUGGCUUUGAACAACUUGUAUCAGCUUGACUUGGUCAUCAGCCUCAACAUUCCUUAUGAGACUCUGAGAGAGCGACUAAGUGACCGCUGGAUCCAUCCACCCAGCGGUAGAGUCUACAACAUGGGCUUCAGACCACCUCGAGUGCAGGGUAAGGACGAUAUCACUGGGGAACCUCUGAUUCAGCAUGAUGACGACAAGCCAGAAGCCCUGAUGGUCAGACUCAGACACUACAAGGAUGUGGCCAAGCCCGUCAUAGACUUAUACAAGUCACAGGGAAUCCUGCAUUCAUUUUCUGAUACAGACACGGACCAGAUUUGGCCUUCCAUCAGCUCUCUCCUCAGCACCAAGAUACACACACACCAAUUACCAAAUACCUGCCAAACUCAGGCACACUGACACUACUCUGAAAGAAAAGACCACAGGGAAACAUCAAGAACGCACCAGAAGAAGCAGGCUGAUGUUUCUACACACUGGACUUGGUACCAGCUUUCAGCUUCCACAUUAAUGAACUAGGACACUGAUCAAAACCUUCAUUUGCCAACAGGUUUGUGACUCACACAAGAGAUUUAUAUUGUAUAUUGUGCUGAAUUCCACAUAUCAUAGUUAAGUUCUCAGAAAUGAUCAAAACUGAUCAUUUUGUAAAUUUUAACUUUACACAAAUACUCAUCAUCAAGCAGUGUUUUAUGAAAUUUGCUUUUUCUAAUUGUUCUCAUCGCUACACACUGAAUAUAACUCAUAGCUGGUUCAGAGCAAAACCAAAGGACAGCAGGAAAAGCAAAUGCACAAUGCAGGGUUUGUUUUAUAAUAACUCUCCAAUUUCAAUAUUGUAUUCAUUAGAAACCACUGAACAACAGAGGGGUACGAUCAUUCCAAGAAUAUAAAACCAAAAUAUAAACAGGAAAAAUGUGACACUGAACUCUGUGAAAAUGGUGCACAAUUAUUUUCAGCGUCAUAUUUUUCAAACUUACAGAAGGCAUCAAAAGUAAAAUGUUAAAAGUCUUAUAAGGUAUCAAGUUUUUAAAGAUGUUUUUGGUUUAGUUGCUUUUUUCCUUAUCUAGGGUCCUGGUUGUAGAGUGAGCAUUGUAUGUUGAACCAUUUUAAGUUAAGUUGAUUAUCAUACUGUAGAAGUAAGACCAAAGACUUUCAGUGAUUGAUACUUGUUGCUUGGUUGACAAAUGCAAAAUGUCAGCAACUUGUGCAUGCUUCAGUGCCUUCAGUGUGAAGCUGCUGACUAAGGAUAAGCGUAAAUACAGUAAGGUUGUUAUUCACGUCGGUACUAAUGAUUCCCGAC